GGGCCUCCGAAUUGGCCCGAAACAUGUCGCAGCAAUAGCGAUAUAAUAACGGUCGCCAUGCUGCCGCCGUGGCUCUUUCUACUGGCUCUGGCGAGGAGCAGCGUCGCGCUGGUCGCCACAGAUCUGCCCCGGUCCGUUAACCUGAAAGAUGGUCAGGAGUUUGACUACAUCGUAGUGGGGGGUGGAGGGGGCGGUGUUCCCGCCGCGUCUCGACUGGCGCUGGCUGGAUAUGAAGUGCUGCUUGUGGAAGCGGGGGACGACCCCAAUAUACUCAGCGAUAUCCCAAGCGGUGCCCAGGCUCUCCUCGGCUCAAACAUAGACUGGCAAUACCCGACCAUCCCCAACAACGUCUCCUGCCUCGCCUCGCGGGACAACAACGCGUGCCGCUUCAGCCGCGGCAAGUGCCUCGGCGGCUCCACCAGCAUCAACUACAUGAUGUACACGCGAGGCAACCCCCGCGACUUCGACGACCUCGCCAUCGACGGCUGGGCCUGGGAAGACGUCAGACCAUACUUCCUCAAAUACGAGGGCUUGCAAGUCUUGGACGAGCUACCACCCACUUCAGCUCCCUAUCACAACACCAACGGAACCAUGAAAGUAGGCUUCUUCACCAACUCCGAAAACUCGUGGCACGACAGAAUAAUUAGGAGUCUACAACUUCUAGAUUUCCCUUUCAAUCCAAAUGUGAAUGCUCAAUCGCAAAUUGGUGUAACUCAAGUGGUAGGGUACGUGCACAAAGGCACUCGUAUGAGCACUGCGCGUGGAUACCUUACAAGAAAAGACGUCAAAAAAGCACUGAAAGUGGCAAAACGCACACGGUGCACUGGCGUGAUCUUAGACGAUAACAAUAAAGCGAAGGGAAUUAAGGUUAUAACUCAAAAAAAUCUAGAUGUGCUCGGUUUGCUUAAAAAGGAAAUCAAUCUUUACGUAAGGAAAGAAGUGAUCCUCUCAGCGGGGACAAUCGGAACCCCUCAGAUAUUAAUGUUGUCCGGGAUAGGACACGCCGACCAUUUGAAAAGCUUGGGGAUCCCCGUGCGCGUCGACCUGCCCGUCGGCGACAACAUGAGCGACCACGUGCUGCCGCUCUGCUUUAUACAAGCCGACCCGGGCCCCGGCAUCCCCGUGCUGAACCCCUUCGUGAUCGGACUUAAAGGCGUGCAGGGCGUGCAGUGGAUAGCCACUAAAGACGGACCUCUCGCCUCCAACGGCCUUACCGACGCCACCGCGCUCGCGAACACCAAGUGCUACGACUUCGAACAGCGGAAGCUCACCCAUAACAGCUCCGACUGCGAACUCCCGACGCUGCAACUAAUCAACGCCUUUGUAGACCGCAAUCUACUGCAAAGCAUCGAGCUGAUCGUUCAAAACGCUGUCGGUUUGAAACUGGAUGUCGUUCGUCAGCUCAGUGCCGCCAACGUGCACAAAGCUUUAAUGGCCGUUUCACCUGUAGUAUUACGACCUUACUCUCGAGGUACUAUUCGACUGAAGAGCACAGACCCUACUGAUGUUCCAGCUAUAUUCCCGAAUUACCUAGGUGACGAGCGCGAUAUAGAGGAAAUGUUGCGCAGUAUCACAAUUUUGGAACAUCUGGUGGAAACGCCUGAAUACAAGGCGCACAAUGCGUCUAUGUUGCACUUGAAGUUCGAUGGAUGUCCAGAGUACGAGGAGGAUCGUGUGGGGUACUGGACGUGUUUCUGCCGGCACAUGACGUACUCGGUGUUCCACGCGGUGGGCACGGCGGCGCUGGGGCCGGUGCUGGAUGAACAGCUGCGCGUGCGCGGCGUGGACGGGCUGCGCGUGGCCGACCUCAGCGCCAUGCCGGAGCUGCCGCGAGCGAAUACCGCCGCCACUGCCAUCGCCCUCGGUGAACGCGUGGCUGACUUCAUCUUGAAUGGCAAUGUUGGCUCGAAUGACGACUAUGAUGAUGAAUAAAUGAUCA